AUGGUUCCAAAAACGAGAUGCACAUAACAAAGAUUAUACUCGAUGGUUUUAAGUCGUACGCGACGAAGACGGAGAUCACGGACUUUGAUUCGUCGUUCAACGCCAUUACAGGACUGAAUGGCUCGGGAAAAUCUAAUAUCCUGGAUUCGAUCUGCUUCGUUUUAGGCAUCACGAAUUUGUCACAUGUACGCGCCAAUAACCUUCAAGAGCUGAUCUACAAAAAUGGUCAGGCGGGAAUCGAGAAGGCAACCGUAUCCAUCGUCUUCGACAAUAGCGAUAAGUCCCAGAGUCCCGUCGGCUAUGAUACGUGCAACGAGAUUACGAUCACUCGGCAGGUCUAUAAGCAGCAGGGCAAGAACAGGUACUUGAUUAAUGGAACCGUGGUGCCAGCUAAUAAAGUUAAGGAUCUUUUUGGAUCAGUGUCGCUGAACGUUAAUAAUCCGCAUUUUCUCAUAAUGCAAGGCCGAGUGACAAAAGUGUUAAACAUGAAACCGCCAGAAAUCCUGGCCAUGUUGGAAGAGGCUACCGGAACCCGCAUGUAUGAGGACAAAAAACGAGAAACGCGGCGAACGAUAGAAAAAAAGGAUAGUAAACUCAUGCAGACACAGCAGGUGUUGCAGGAAGAUCUUGAGCCACAGAUGACGAAGCUUGCAGAGGACCGCCAAGCAUUUGCUCGUUACAACACGAUUUGUCGCCAGCUAGAACAGCUACAAAAAGUGCACACGGCAUGGCAAUUUCUCUGUGCCGAGGAAGGCGAGCGGCGUUUGGCUAACGAAGUUGAGCAGUUGGUAAAGACUGUAGAAGAAAAUUUAGCCAAAAUUGAGGAACUUAAAGAACAAAUUCUACAAGCGAAGGAGGAACUUAAAGAGCUUGAGAAGGAUAAAGAUCAACAAAGUGGCAAUAAGCUUCAGGGUCUAGAAGAAGAGUUAAAGAAACGUGAGUUGGAGCAAGCCAAAGGCGAAUCGGAUGUUAAACAUUUAAACGAGCAGGUAAAUCGUGAACGAAAGUCACUGAAGGAGGCAAGCAAGAACAUCCUGGAGGCUGAAUCCCAGAUUGCGAAAAAACAUGCUGAUAUUGAAGGACUUAAAGCAGCUUCGGGGACCCUGCUUGAGGACAAGAAUCAAGCCGAAAAGGAACUGGAUUUAGCAAAGAAAAACCUAGAAGCGCUUGCUAUGGGUAUGACAACCAACGAGGAUGGAGUAGCGACAACUGUUACGGAACAACUUCGACAGGCGGAAGUCGAAUCUGCUAUUUGCACUGAUGAAAUGCAGCAGGCAAAAAACGCAAUCCGACACAUAGAGCCAGCCUACAAGAUAAAGGCCAAACAACUAGCCGAGACUGAAAAUUUCUUCCAGAAGGAAAAUGCCGAAAUGCAGAACAGAGAAUUGGCCGUAAAACAACUGCAGGAGCAGCUGGCAUUACUUGGGUACGAUGCGGAACUUGUUGAGGAACUUGACUGUAAGAAACAAGAACUGGUCCCUAAGCUUCGAAAGCUCAAAGCUGAGGUAGACAACUUCGAUGCAGUUAAUCAGCAUCUGGUUUUCAAUUAUCGUGACCCAUACCACGGGUUUGAUCGUUCUAAGGUGAUAGGUCCAGUCUGCCAGUUAUUCCAGCUGAAAGACCGAAAAUGGGCUCGUGCCGUCGAAGCAGCAGCCGGUGGCAAACUGUUUCAGGUGAUCGUUGACAAUGACAAAACAGCAAAACAGCUCUUAAAGAAUGGCCAACUUCAGCGACGAGUCACAAUCAUUCCACUGAACAAAAUUCGGGGUUCUGAAGUUGAUCAGAGUCGACUCCAAGCUGCCCAAAAUGUUGGUGGACACAAUAACGUGUUCCGGGCGCUCGAUCUAAUCACAUUUGAUCAUCGACUCGAGGAAACGAUGAAAUACGUUUUUGGCCGUACAUUGAUUGCAGCAUCACUCGAUAUCGCUGAACGGGUCGCUUACGACAGGUCAGUGAACACUAAGACAGUAUCGGCGUGCGGUUCAACGUGUGAUCCCAGCGGGAUGCUGAGCGGAGGUUCGUCCGCUCAAGGACCUAGUGCACUUGAGAAACUUGAACAAAGGCGGGCCACUCAGCUUGAGCUAAAGCAAAUUGAGGAACACUAUGAGAGGAUCUCAGAAGAGCUUCGCUUGUCGGAAACGCAAGCUGAUCGCUUCAACGCUCUUAAUCGGGAUUUAAUGCAGCGACGCGUUGAAUGGGAGCAGUGGAAAACCCGUUUGGCAAACACCACACACGCCCAGCUUCGAGAAGAAGUCGAAGCGAUGGUCACUGAGCUUGAGCAGCGUCGAAAAACUGUUGAAGAAAUGACUGUUCGAAAAACGAAAGCCGAUGCAAAAAUUAAAAAGCUGAAAGAUCAGAUGAUAAAUGCCAAAGGCCAGCAAGAGAAGGAAAUUAAAGAGGCCAAGGCGAAAAUCGAGCGGUGCGCGAAAAUAGCGAAAGAGGCCGCAGAAAAAUGUGGAAACAAGGAAUUCAAACUGAAGGAAUUACACGGAGAUAUUGACUUACUUGCGAAAGAAAUUGAAGAGGCUCAGCAAAAGUCGAAUAUUUGUAAUGAAGCACUUAAUGAGUUAACCACGCAGUUGAAAGCUCAAGAAGAUGCUCUAGCAGUUCGGAUCGAAGCGAAGAAAAACGCGGCGCUGAAGCUAAAGGAGCACAGGCAACUAGUCCAGGCUCAAUCUGCCGAGAUCGCAAGUCGCUACAAAGAUGUGGAACGUAAGCAAAAACAGUCUGACGAGAUGAAACUCUCCAAUCAGCAGGCCGAGCACGAUGUUAAAAAGAAGCGCAGAGAAGCAGUUGAUGCGGCGGAGGGCGUCCAAGCGAUGCUUGACCAGUAUCCGUGGAUCCGCAAGGAUCGUGAGCAUUUCGGAAAACCAAAUACGGACUACGACUUCGGUCGAAACGAACCACGUGAGGUUGGUCGCAAAGUGAAGGAGUUAGCUAGUCAGAAAGAGAAAUUAUCGAAGACUGUCAAUGCUCGGGCGCAUACACAAGCGAGUCAGAUCGAAGCCCAGUACAAAGAUCUAAUGAAGAAGCGGACCCAAGUGAUGAAGGAUAAGGAUAGCAUACUUCAGACGAUGAAAGAACUCGACAUCAAGAAAGAGGCGACGAUUAGAGCAGCGUAUCAGCGAGUGAACAAGGAUUUUGGGGACAUCUUCAGCAAUUUGCUUACAGGCGCCAAUGCCAAAUUGCAACCACCAGAUGGCAAGAGCCUCCUGGAUGGUCUUGAGGUUAAGGUGUCGUUCGGUGGAGUCUGGAAGGAGUCGCUUACGGAACUUAGCGGAGGCCAGCGUUCUCUCGUAGCCUUAUCACUGAUUCUUGCGAUGUUGCUAUUCAAGCCGGCACCAAUUUAUAUCCUGGAUGAAGUGGACGCCGCGUUGGAUCUCUCGCACACGCAAAAUAUUGGCCUAAUGAUCAAGAAUCACUUUAAGAGCUCGCAGUUUAUCAUUGUUUCGCUAAAGGACGGACUCUUUAGCAACGCUAACGUGUUAUUCCGGACCAAGUUUGUCGAUGGCCGGAGUACGGUUGAGCGAUUUACGUCGAAAAAGAACUGAGGAAUUUUAGCAAGAAAACUUGAUAGUUACGCGGAACAAUAGAGGACCGUACGCUACAACUAUUUUAUAUAGCCAAGCGUCAAUGUAUUUGUUUACUAUGCAGUGGAAUCAUACUCGUCAUCAUCAUCACUAGCAUAGCUAUUCGUGUCGCUUUUACCUAGUCCAGCUAAGCAGCAUAACAUUGAUCGAUUGAUAAAAUAGACAAUUUAGAAAUUCUAUCAUGUUGCCAGCAUUAUAAUGUAAAAUAAUAAAAAGCCCCAAGGUCAACAACGAAAACGAAUUGUCAAGCAGGUGCCUGGUUCUUAAUGUCUAUUCUUCACUUCUAUUAACACCAAGUGACGUUUUAUUAUAUUAGAAUGCUAUAUUAUCCUCUAUAACUGCGUGUCGGAAUAAGGAUUACUUUGUAUUCAUGUUUGAGAAAAUAUUGUGACAAAUGAAACUGAAAGGAAACUGAAAUUUGAAGAGGAUAACAGUAAUAAAUAUUAAUGCUUCUUAUACGGAUCACUUUUUUGUUACGAAAAAAGCAUAAUUGCGUUAGGAUUCAACGUGUCAUUUGAAUAAAAUGACAAAAAUAAAGAAAAAUAAAAAAAACUUUAUGACACCAUGCGAAGCUUUCUCUGGAAGCUUACUGUGACCCUAAUGCUAUUCUUGUAUAAUAACCAAACCAAAAAGCCGUUUGGUGCUUCGGAACGGCGCGUCUGCAGGAAUUGCAAAGUAUAAGUAGUAUGUAACAUUUGUCUAAGGUCAGUUAGGUGAUGGCUUUGUGGGUCUCAUUGACGGGUUUGUUGGUUUCGUUUCUGAAGUUGGCGUGAUGUAAUACAAUUGGUGAUGUUCUUCGAAGCCUUCAGUAAAUUGCGAACUAAAUGCAGAACAGUCGAUCUAGCUCAUUCAAAUGUGAAUCUCAAAUAGGAUGGACUUUAUUUAGGACUACCAAGGUUGUCUAAACAUGCUACCUUGUUUAAUUUCACGAUUCACGGAUUCUUCGUUCUAGAUUUGUGUAAGCAUUUCGUUCAAAUGUUACAACCUCUUUUAUGAAGUCGAUACAACUUUGUAUGUGACUAAACACUAGAAAAAGAUUAACCUACUGAUAGUAUUAUAAAAAAAUAUCCUAACUAUCUUAGUUUUGCAAUUGAAUAAAUACUAUUCAAUUGUAAUACUUAUAUUACUCAAAACUUAAAUAAAAAUUAAAAAGCGAAAUUCGCCGAAACCAUGCAUUAUAUAAAGACGUCUAUAAACAGGCAUAAAUAUACAGAUGGAAAAGUGACUAUAUAUGUAAGACCACCUUUCAUUCUGAAUGUAACACUUCCAUGCUCCUCUUCUGAUUUUUGCAUCUCAUUAAAAAAAAAAUGCUGCAUAUAAAACUUCUUCGAACUUAGCUUAUACUUAAAUUUUUCGAGUCACUUGGAUUAAAUUUAAUGUACAGUAAUGAGAAUUUUUGUAUUUAUGAAAUGAACUUCCGUCUUUCUUGUGCUCAUUUUUUUUUUUUGCUUUUAAAAAAAAUCGAUUCCAACGGAAAUACAAUAUUGUCACACACUAUACAUUUAUUUCACAUCAACAACAAUAAUAAUAAUGAUGAUUAACAAAAGCAUCUCUAUUAUUGUGCACCUGGAACAUAAUAAUUCUACAUUACUUCCGAUAGGGAGCUCAAAGUAUCAGCUGUAUAAUACCGAAUAAAUAACCUGUCAUUUAA